AUGACGGUGACGAAUGAACCUGAAGUGGAAACCAAGGAGGAAACGGUGGCAAGCCGCAAGGCAAAAAAUCCCAUGAGGGAGUUAAAGAUUAGGAAGCUGUGCUUGAAUAUUUGUGUUGGUGAAUCGGGCGAUCGACUGACCAGGGCUUCGAAAGUUCUUGAACAGUUGACGGGCCAGCAGCCUGUUUUCUCAAAAGUUAGUGACACGCUUAACCAAGAAUGUAUGGAUUUUUUAAUGACCGACUUUGCGACCCACCUCAACGUCGAUUUUCAGGUAGCAGACUACCAGGUUGAAAAUCGAUGUGAUGUCGAUUGA